AUGGGUUCCAACGGCGAACAACCCCCGAAACCAUGGGUCCAAACACCACUCAUCCGCUCCGCAGCGCUCUCUCUCGAAGCAGGCUGCAACAUCUACCUCAAGCUCGAAACCCUACAACCAUCGGGCUCCUUCAAGUCCCGCGGCAUCGGCAACCUGAUGUCCAAAGCCCUGCUCUCGCACCCCGCCUCCAAGCCCGUCCACUUCUACUGCAGUUCCGGCGGGAACGCGGGCCUGGCGUGCGUCACGGCCGCCACGGCGUUGCACCGGCCGGCCACGAUCGUGGUCCCGAUGAGCACGUCGGCGCUCAUGGUGCAGAAGCUGAAGGCGCUCGGCGCGGACGUGGUGCAGCAUGGCAUGCAUUGGAGCGAAGCCGAUGCCUUCCUGCGCGAGCACUUGUUGGCGCGAGAUGAGGGCGGGGUCUACGUGCCGCCGUUCGAUCAUGGGGAUUUGUGGGAGGGCCACUCGAGUCUGGUUGAUGAGGUCGAGGUGCAGAUGCGUGGGCUGGGGAAGGAGUAUGAUGGUAUCGUGUGCAGUGUUGGUGGAGGCGGGCUGUUUGCUGGGGUUAUGCAGGGCCUGGAAAGACAUGGACGGCUGAGGGGUGGGAAGAGGGGGGAGGUGAGGGUGCUGGUUAUGGAGACGGAGGGCGCGGAUUCUUUGAAUUUUAGUUUGAGGGAGGGAGAGUUGAGGAGGUUGGACGCUAUUACGAGUAUUGCGACGAGUCUUGGGGCGGCGCAGGUUGCGAGGAAGGCCUAUGAGUGGGGACAGAGACCGGAGGUGCAGAGUUGUGUUUUUAGUGAUGCGGAGGCUGCGAUGGCUUGUGUGAAGUUUGCCGAUGAUGAGAGGAUUGUUGUCGAGAGCGCGUGUGGGGUGAGCAUUGCGCCGGCAUAUAACGAUACGUUGCACACACUCCUCUAUCCGGAGCUGUCGGAUGAGGAGUUUGCGGAUAUUAAUGUUGUUAUUGUGGUUUGUGGCGGCUCGAAUGUUACGCUUAAGGUUUUGGAGGGGUAUAAGGAGAAGUAUGGGAGGGAUGAGAGGGUGGUUACGAAGUUUCAUUCGAGGAGGUUGGGCACGAGGGAGAAGAUGCCGAUGAAGGCGAGGAAACACUCGGGGCAUGUCGAAUUGGAGGAUGAACCACCUUGUGAUGAGACGAAGCUUCCGAAGAAGCCAGCUAUUGGGAUGAUGGAAAAAGUUGAGGUUGACAAACAGGUUCAUGAGUUUGGCAAGGUGGUUGAGGUUUGA